GACCUCAGCCUGGAGAGCAGGAGAGCCGCCGUCGCCAACAUCACGACGAACCAGGCAGCCCCCUCCCAGGUGGUGGUGCUCCGCCAGGAGAGCACAGGCCAGAACAGCAUCACCUUGCUGUGGCAAGAGCCAGACCAGCCCAACGGCAUCAUCCUGGAGUAUGAGAUCAAGUACUAUGAGAAGGACAAGGAAAUGCAGAGCUAUUCCACUCUGAAAUCCAAGGGCACCACUGCCACCAUCUCUGGGCUCAAGCCUGCAACCCGCUACAUCUUCCAGGUUCGGGCUCGUACCUCUGCUGGCUGUGGGAGGUUCAGUCAGACCGUGGAGGCAGAAACAGGGAAGCCAGUCUCUCUUCGGUACGACACCAUGACGAUUGUCUGGAUCUGCCUGACACUCAUCACUGGCCUUGUGGCAUUGCUGGUGGUCCUAAUCUGCAAGAAGAGGCACUGUGGGUACAGCAAGGCUUUCCAGGACUCCGACGAGGAGAAGAUGCAUUAUCAGAAUGGGCAAGGGCUGCCUGAAAGAGCUUAUCUCCUCUCUUCCCUCCGAAACCCGGCAGUGAAGUUCCCCGAGUCCAAGUUCUAUGUGGACCCCCACACGUACGAGGACCCUUGCCAGGCUGUGCAUGAGUUCACCCGUGAAAUCGAGGCCUCCCGGAUCAAGAUUGAGAAGGUCAUUGGGUCUGGGGAGUCUGGAGAGGUGUGUUACGGCCGCCUGAAGCUGCCAGGGAAGAGGGAGAUCCCCGUGGCCAUCAAGGCCCUGAAGGCAGGCUACACGGAGAAGCAGAGGCGGGACUUCCUGAGCGAAGCCAGCAUCAUGGCACAGUUCGACCACCCCAACGUCAUCCACCUGGAGGGGGUGGUGACCAGGAGCAAAUUGGUAAUGAUUGUUACUGAAUACAUGGAGAACGGCUCGCUAGACACCUUCCUCAGGAAACACGACGGGCAGUUCACCAUCAUCCAGCUGGUGGGCAUGCUGCGCGGCAUCGGGGCGGGCAUGAGGUACCUGUCUGACCUGGGCUACGUGCACAGGGACCUGGCUGCCCGCAACCUCCUGGUGAACAGCAACCUGGUCUGCAAGGUGUCUGACUUCGGCCUCUCCCGCAUCCUGGAGGAUGACCCCGACGCUGCCUACACCACCACGGGGGGGAAGAUCCCCAUCCGUUGGACGGCUCCGGAGGCCAUCGCCUACCGCAAGUUCUCCUCGGCCAGCGACGUGUGGAGCUAUGGGAUAGUCAUGUGGGAGGUGCUGGCCUACGGCGAGCGGCCCUACUGGAACAUGACCAACCGCGACGUCAUUAACUCCGUGGAGGAAGGCUACCGCCUGCCCGCCCCCAUGGGCUGCCCCACGGCCCUGCACCAGCUGAUGCUGGAUUGCUGGCAGAAGGAGCGCGGCGAGAGGCCACGCUUCUCCCAGAUCGUCCUCGUCCUGGACAAGCUGAUCCGCAGCCCCGACAGCCUGAAGUGCACAGCCACUGUCAACAGGUGUCCUGCUCCCAGGUUCACCCAAACACCCUUCGACAGGGGUCUCCUCGACCUGGCCAGCUGUCUGACAGUGGAGGACUGGCUGGAGUCCAUCCGGCUGGGGCACUACCGGGACAACUUUGCCAUGGCAGGGUACUCCUCCCUGGGCAUGGUGAUGCGCAUGAAUAUCGAGGACAUUCGGAGUCUGGGGAUCACCAUGAUGGGACACCAGAAGAAGAUUCUGAGCAGCAUCCAGGCCAUGAGAUCCCAGCUGCUGAACACAAAUGGCCCCAGGAGACAUCUCUGA